UCCACGCGAAGAGCCAUCUCCCCCGUUACGACAGCACAGCACAGCCUGUCUCUGUGACAACUGCCGAGUCGCGGUAACAGAGACAGAGAUAGACAGAGAGAGGGAGGGAGGGACAGAUAUAGAGAGGAGGAGAAGGACUACCACGGAGCAAAACACAUUGCCUUUUUCUGUCUGACAUCCCCCCUCGUUCGCAUGUGUUUGUGUGUGAGCCUGCACGGAGGAGAGAAGGAAAGAUAAUUAAGCCGGAGAAAUUCUUCUUCUCUGUCUUUUAGUUUCCCUCUUUUCUCCAUCCAUCAUCCAAGGCUUGAAUACCGGUGUCAGCUGCCACAGCGGGAUAAAAUAAAGGGAUGCUUUGAAUGCUGCCUCUGUCUAUGACAAGGCACACAGAGAAGCAGAAAGAAGCACAACAAGCAGGGACAAAAGCAGGACAUUGAUAAUGAAUGGGAGUCCUUCCGUAGCAUGUGGUAGGAAUAGCAGUCCGUCACUGAAGUCUACGAAUAAGGAGCCUGCCCUUACGACGUGACAGUGCACAUGGUCUGGAUACCACCAGCCGUCCUGCAAGCCCUGCUACACUCCAGAGCCAAAGAUCCACUCCUCUUCAUCACCAGCCACAGCGCUCAUAACCACCGCCCUCCAAGUUUGUCCAAUUAUGGGAUGUAUGAGGACUUAAGAGGCCAGGGUUACUAGCAGACCACACUACAAAAAUACUGACGAGAUCCUUGCUGGCUGCAGACGGGCAGAACACUGUUGAUUCUCUCCGGGUGGUGUUUCCUGGGUGUGUCAGGAGGAGGCAUGGCUGGUUGAGAUGUCGUGGACGAUCACACCACUCAGCUAGACGUGCUGCUGCUGCGCUGUGUGGGCCUGGCUCCUGCAGCUGCACCAUUGAUGGUGCCGUGAUCCAGUUCUAACCGUGGGUAAUGACGAGACAUAAAACCAAUCCUGGAGAUGUCGAAGAGAAGAGACAUUCUUGCCAUCGUGUUGAUAGUGUUACCGUGGACUCUGCUCAUCACCGUUUGGCACCAAAGCGCAAUCGCUCCGCUGCUCGCCAUCCACAAGGCCUGUCACCACCUAGUAAAAGAGAUCUUUAUCAUACCAGAGAGGCUUGCAGUCCAUCGACACCGACUCGCAGAUGACGGAGCCGACAGAGGGCGGAGGGAGGCGGGCCAGUCCAGCGACUCUAAGGAGUACUGCUCCUCUGAUAAGGACAUAGUGGAGGUGGUGAGGACGGAGUAUGUGUACACGCGGCCACCGCCAUGGUCCGAUGGGUUGCCCACCAUCCACAUAAUCACCCCCACCUACAGCCGCCCAGUCCAGAAGGCAGAGCUGACGCGGCUGGCCAACACCUUCCUCCACGUGGCCAACCUGCACUGGAUCCUGGUGGAAGACUCUCAGAGGAGGACCCCGCUCGUUACACGCAUGCUCCGGGAAACGGGUCUCAACUACACCCACCUGAACGUGGAGACUCCCAGGAACUAUAAGCUGCGUGGGGACACGCGGGAUCCCAGGAUACCCCGGGGCACCAUGCAGAGGAACCUGGCACUGCGCUGGCUCAGAGAGACCUUCAACUCCAACAGCAGCCAGGCAGGCAUUGUCUACUUCGCUGAUGACGACAACACCUAUAGCCUGGAGCUGUUUGAGGAGAUGAGGUCAACAAGGAAGGUGUCUGUAUGGCCUGUGGCCUUUGUUGGUGGUCUGCGCUACGAGUCUCCCAAGGUCAACGCAGCAGGCAAGGUGUACGGCUGGAAGACUGUAUUUGACCCUCACCGGCCCUUUGCCAUCGACAUGGCGGGCUUCGCCAUCAACCUGCGGCUCAUCCUCUUCAAGCCCCAGGCCUACUUCAAGCUGCGAGGAGUGAAGGGAGGCUACCAGGAGAGCAGCCUUCUCCGGGAGCUGGUCACACUCAACGACCUGGAGCCCAAAGCAUCUAAUUGCACUAAGAUUCUCGUUUGGCACACUAGGACAGAAAAACCUGUCCUUGUAAAUGAGGGAAAGAAAGGAUUUACAGACCCCAAUGUGGAGAUUUGACGUUGUCUCCUCGGGCGAUGGUGGUUGUCUAAUAUGGACCCUGAGAAGAAAAAGAGGCCAUCUCCCAGUGCAAACAGUGUUCAUGUCUUAAUCAUUUCAGAAAAGACUGCCUCGGGGGCCAAAUCCUAAUCCCCUUGACUGAAACUAAACACUUUUAAUAUUGGGAUUACAAAUGCAUCAUAUUAAAGCACAGAUUAGUACAAGAUGGCAAUAUUUAUCAGGUUAAAUGUUGCCAGCAGCACCAACAUGAAGCAGACGGUGAGAGCUGAGCGAUUAAGGAUCAACGGGAGAUCGAUGCUCUCUGAACCUGCAUGACACCAUACUGCGUCUGUAGUGUCCUAACACGGGACAGCACAAGACAAACAUUGCAGGAGGGAGGGAGUUAGGCAGCCAAUGAGAUGAAGCGUUUACUGGCCUGAACAGGUCUUUCCCUCUAUAGACAUGGAUCUUCAGGGCAGGGGAUGAGAUCCUGAGAUCUUAGUAGGGUCUGUAAGAGACCUUUAAUAGACAUGUACUGCAAUGGCCUCCACGUCUUUAGACAGAACAAUCAUGGAGAAUCCCAAUCUCUCAGAAGAUCAAUUCUACUUUCAGCAAACACUAAAAGUUCAAAAAGGGAAGGAAUGUCCUUUUUGUAUAACUAAAACUAUGUCUGCUUUUAUUUAAUUUGCUAUUUUUUUGUGUUUACAUGCGUUUUCUUGCUAGUUCAAAACUACUGACUUGCCUCCAUUUUGAAAGCUAAAUCUGGGGAACCAUCCAUUUUCAGUGUCAUUCUCAGACAUGUAAUUCAGUGUGUACUGAAGCUAUUCACUUGAAAUAACUGACAUCAAGAUGGGCUCCUAACUCUUGGGAGGCACAAAAUAUUACAGGUCAAAUUCCUAAAAACAUAACUUAGCACUUAAAAGCACUAGUGACUGUGUUCCUAAGUGGAAACACGUGUGCAUACUAAUUUAACACAGGAACAAUUAGAGGACUCAUAGUAAGGUCCUCUCAGAUAAAAUGUAACAACUGAAUUUAUAUAGAUGUAAAAUAAAAACUAAGAAUUGACUUAGGCAUUGCCAAGAACACCUCAAUGUAUGACAACUGGCAUAGCACAUGUUCACUCCUGUUUUUCAAUCACAUGCCAUGAACAGUAUAACAGCACAUCACCACGUUAGGUUUAUCCCAACUUUGUGCAUAUGUUACAGUAUUAUCAUUACCCAAUGAUGAGCAGUUUGGCAGACGGCCAUAUAGUAUGCUGAUUUAUAUAACCACAGUAGCUAACUAGUAGAGUAGGACAACAGAAAGCAAUCGAAGUUAUCUAAGCUAAAGGCACUGACAGUCGAGAUAUACAGUAAAA